GGCGCGGCGCCGGCGUCCCGCGCGGAGCUGCCGAUCGCGACGCGCGCCAGUUUCGCCCUGGCGCCUGCGAAGGCCAAGGGGAAGGCGCACAUCGUCGUCGUGGGCCCCGGCGCCGGAACGGCGCAGAAUGGGAAGGUCAACACCCGAUGUUCAUGGACCUCGAGCACGACCUGCGCCUCAAGGUCGAGAUCGUCGGAAGGUCGCACGCGGCGUACGACUGCUACCCGGAGGGCUGGCCGCAGGGCCGCCGCGGGCCGAACCUGCAGAGCUUCGCGGCCAGCGAGCUGCUGGCCACCGGCGCGGCCUCGCGCAGCGGCUGCUUGGUGGUGGGCUCCCGGGGCGGCCAG